AUGCAAGCUGGGAAGCACUUCCAGAUGUUGCCCCUCGCUCUUCCGCACAGCCCUGCGUGCUCCUCUCUCUGCCGAGUUCCUCCCCCUGCCCCACAGUUCUGUGAGACAUUUUCUGGGAGCCUGAGGGUCAGUGGCACAAUGGCUGAGUCCAGCAAGCCUAUCCUCUACUCCUAUUUCCGAAGCUCCUGCUCAUGGAGAGUUCGAAUUGCUCUGGUCUUGAAAGGCAUUGACUAUGCGACGGUGCCCAUCAAUCUUGUGAAGGAUGGGGGGCAGCAGUUCUCUGAAGAAUUCCAGGCACUGAAUCCCAUGAUGCAGGUGCCAGCCCUGAAGAUUGAUGGACUCACCAUCGGCCAGUCAUUGGCCAUCAUUGAGUACCUGGAGGAGACUCGGCCCGCUCCGCGACUACUGCCUCAGGACCCAAAGAAGAGGGCCAGCGUUCGCAUGAUUUCGGACCUCAUUGCUAGUGGCAUCCAGCCCCUGCAGAACCUGUCUGUCCUGAAGCAAGUGGGUAAGGAGAACCAGCUGGCCUGGGCCCAGAAUGUCAUCAGUUCUGGCUUUAACGCUCUGGAGAAGAUCCUGCAGAGCACAGCAGGGAAGUACUGUGUGGGAGAUGAGGUUUCCAUGGCUGAUCUGUGUCUGGUGCCUCAGGUGGCAAAUGCUGAAAGGUUCAAGGUGGAGCUCACUUCUUACCCCACCAUCAGCCGUAUCAACAAGAUGCUGCUGGCCUUGGAGGCCUUCCAAGUGACUCACCCCUGCCGGCAGCCAGAUACGCCCCCUGAGCUGAGGGCCUAGAUCCCAAACCAUGCCCCACUGGUAUGGGAAUGGGAGGAGGGAGCAGGGACUAGGAGCAGAAGCUGGGUGGGCUAAACAGGUCUGGAAACCUAACUAAGGAGACAGGAGACUUGAACUCUAGCCCUGGAUCUAUCUUUCCCCUGAACCUCUUUCUGCCUUAGUCCCCUCUUCUGUCAAGAGGGUAGAGAGGGGUGCUGGGAGGCCAGGGGUGAGGCCCAGGAGCAAUACCUGCUAUCUAUGUCAUGGGGCAGUCAUGAAGAUGAAAUGAGAAUGUAGAUUAAAAUGCCUGGCAAGUUCAAAACAUGCGGAACCAUCCCCUAUUAUAGUGACCUGAUGCCAAAGAAUUCCCACACUAAAAUUUGGUCAUUGAACUGAAGCCCGGGACUCCCAGUUGUCCAGCUAGGGCUGAGCUGGGUUCUAGAAGAUGAACAUUCUUCAUCCUAGCACGAAUUCCCCUGUGUGUGGAUCAGGAGAGGAAGCCAGCCAGCCAUUUGCACGCCCUGUGGCAGGCCUGGACCCUAAGGACAAGGAAGAGAAAUAGGCCCAAGACUUAUUUGCUUGAGACAAUCACACAAGAUCCAGGUGGAGAACAGAUUUAAGAAGCAGGAAAGAAAGCAUUUUGUGACCAGCUGAGUUCCUCAGGGCUAGGAAAGGUCCCAUUGUUAAGUGUUCCUCUCCAGCUCUGAGAGGGAAGGUGGCCCUCCCAGCCCAGUCCCUCAUCUUCAUGAGAGCAUCCUCUGGACCAGCCCCAGGAUUAGGUACUGGGCAUAUAUAUGAUCUUGUUGUGAAUAGCCCUGGCCAUCUAGAGGCAGGCUCCUCCAUAAGCAGUGUGAACAGCUGCUGACCAGCUAGCUCAGGAGACCACCUGCAGCAGUUUCCCAUGGCCAACCUAGAGGAGGCAUGUUCUCCUCCCUAGCAGUGUUCAACCAGAACCAGCAUUACCUCUUGGCAGAGAGGUUGGGGGCAGCUGCUGGGUGAAACAAGAUGACCUUUUACAUCUCAUCUCUGAGAUUUCAUUUCCCCUGCAUGGCUGAAGUCAAACGGAAUUAUGGUGUAUAAAUCUCGUUCAAGUGGAAGCCACCUUUCUCAGCCAUGAGUUCCUGUGACCCAGCUGCAAUCCUAGGGCACCUAUUCUCCCCUUUCAUCCUCUG